UAUUCUGUUUCCGGUUCACAGUUCGCUGGGGUCCUGUCAGUGCGGAUUAUAGUCACACAGCCGGCUACAUUCUCAGCGGAAUACGUUUAAUUCUUCUCUUUACACCUCCCUUACAAAUCUAAAACAUGUCCGGCAGAGAAGGAGGCAAAAAGAAACCACUGAAGGCGCCCAAGAAACAGACCAAGGACAUGGAUGAGGAUGACAUGGCCUUCAAGCAGAAGCAGAAGGAGGAGCAGAAGGCGAUGGAGGCAAUGAAGGCCAAAGCUUCAGGAAAAGGACCUCUAGCAAGCGGUGGCAUCAAGAAAUCAGGGAAGAAGUAAAAUCUGAAGAUGACGUUUUGUUUGCUCCCCUGCCUCGGUUCCCCUGCGUCCGAGAUGUCUGUUUGCUCUCUAAGAGACUCCAGUUUGUUUUGCUCUUUGAAAACACGAACCCAUCAAACACAAAACAUGUCCCAGGUGUUGACCUCGUCCACAGUGAUAAUGAAUUUCAACAACAGGAAUGUCUGUUGCCAGUCAGGUCCAGUACACACAUCAAAACUCCCCCUACGGCCCUAAUUUGAGGUUUCACACUGUGAUAUCUGUCAAACACGUUUGUCACUCAGUCAUACACACUGACCAAAAUCUUCCAAUUCAUUCAGAAAUGAAGCUCUGCAGCUGUAGAGAUGGAUAGCGUGUGUUCUGUUUUGUCAUGUAUCAGAAACGCAUCAAAACCCCCAAGUUCUUUUGUUUGUCUGGUCUGAGUUUUGUUUUAUUGUAAAGAGGGAGAUACAAUAAAGAUUUUGUAAUUA